UCGAGCAGUGACAAAGCGAAAAGACCAAGAUGGCGGACGGAGGUGCUGUAGCUUCGUGGAGAGGUUUAUUAUACACGAUACUACAACUAGACAAAUUAAUAUAACAUUCAGCAACAAACCAACCAAAUAUUCCAAAGCCCAGCAAUGGAGUGCUAUCUGCCGAAUUGAAGAUUUGAUAGAAAAUGGACGACUACUGCUAUGCUGAGAUGGCGACGUCCGGUAAAAGAGAACAUGAAAGACAAUCAUUAACGGGGAAAAGGUGGAAAGAUGAAGACGUCCAGCAAAAGAUUGGUCAUUCAGAAGAACUUCCCUCUCAGAAGGUGAGCUCCACCUUGAUGCAGGAGACUCCACAGCCACCCCGCAUUAAAAAGGAAGAAGAGGAACUCUGGAUCACUCAGGAGGGAGAGUGUCUUCUAGGACCACAGGAAGCUGAUCUCACCAAGUUUCCACCGACUGUUUUCUCUGUGAAGACUGAAGAUGAUGAAGAGAAACCACAAGUAGACAACUUCUUAGCUCCACUCUCCGAUACUGAGGUUGAAGAACCUUCCAACAGCGAUACAAACUGUGGAAGUGAUAUGACGACUCAAACCGGAACCAAACCCUCUGAAUGCUCUAAAAUUAGGAGAGACAUCCAGCAGCUGAUUGGUCUUCCAGAAGAACUUCCCCCUCAGUCCGGGGGGAGCUCCACUUUGACGCAAGAUACUCCACAGCCACCCCACAUUAAAAAGGAAGAGGAGGAAUUCUGGAUCACUCGGGAGAGAGAGAGUCUUCUGGGGUCAAAAGAAGCUGAUCUCACCAAGUUGCCACUGACUAUUGUUUCUGUGAAAACUGAAAAUGAUGAAGAGAAACCACAAGAAGACAACCUACAAGCUCCACUAUCAGAUAGUGAGGCUGAAGACGAGGUUGAAGUAACUUUGAGCAGCGAUGCAGACUGUGCAGGUGAUGUGAGAACUCAAGCUGACAACAAACACUCUAAAAAGAAGAGAGGUAAAAAACUUUUCAGCUGCUCAGUUUGUGCUAAAAGCUUUAAUAGAGACAGAGAUUUGACUCAACACAUGAGAACGCACACAGGGGAGAAACCAUUUGAUUGUUCAGUUUGCGGUAAAAGGUUUUCUCAAAAAGGCAAUUUGAGUCUACACAUGAGAACGCACACAAGCGAGAAACCAUUUUGUUGUUCCGUUUGCGGUAAACGCUUCACUCGAAAAGGCAACUGGAGUCAACACAUGAGAACUCACUCGGGUGAAAAAACGUUCAAUUGUUCGGUUUGUGGUAAAAGCUUUUACUAUAAAAGCAAUUUGACGAAACACUUGAAAACACACCCGGGAGACAAAGUAUUGAAUUGUUCAGUUUGCGGUAAAAGCUUUUCUCAUGAGAGCAAUUUGUUUUUGCACAUGAGAACACACACAGGAGAAAGUGCAUUUAAUUGUUCUGAUUGUGGUAAAAGUUUUUCUUAUAAGAGCAAUUUGACUCUACACAUGAGAAAACACACGGAAGGAAAAACAUUCAAUUGUCCUGCUUGCGAUAAAAGCUUUUAUCUAAAAGGCAAUUUGGCUCAACACAUGAGAACGCACACGGGAGAAAAACCGUUCAAUUGUUCAGUUUGCGAUAAAAACUUUUCUCACAAAAGCAGUUUGACCCUGCACACCAGAACACACACAGGCGAAAAGCCAUUUGAUUGUUCGGUUUGUUGUAAAAACUUUUCUCAAAAGAAACGUUUAACCGAACACAUGAGGACACACACCGGAGAAAAACCAUUCAGUUGUUCUGUCUGUGGCAAAGGAUUCUAUUACAAUGCCCACGCGGUUAGACACAAAAGAACACAUAAGGGAGAAUAAUCAAUAAGCUGUUUAGUUUUUGGUGUAUUAUUUUUAUGUGGCGACAUCCACCCAUACCAAGGACCUACUUUAAAUAAAUUCACUACUUCUUUCACAAAUCUCAGAGGUCAACAUACAAAUUCGGAUUUUAUGGUGUAUAAUCUUAUCUCCUCUAGACCCCAUGUCUUCUGUGUACCCGAAACUUUCCUGACUCGUAAUAUAGAUGAUGCUUGUAGUGCUUUGUUACGCCUUCUUCGGACCAGACAGACCUGAUGAGUCCAGCUGAGGAAUUGUAGUCUUCUUCAGUGUUGCUUUUACCGCCUCCAUAAUGCCCGACUUUGAACACCAACAACAUGAAUCGAUCUGCCAGAAACUACACCUACGCUUCAAAGACCAAUGGUCCUGAUGGGAUCCCAGCAACUAUCUAUUAAAAUGUAUAUAAUGUAAUAAUAAUAAGCACAUAUAUGAUAUGUAAUAUUCCAAAUAUUUUGGUGAUUAAAUAUUGCUUUAAUUUCU